AUGAUUGGGAACACCGCUGACAGUUGGGCGGUUCAGGGAAUGUUCAGUCCGGUGUUCGAGAACGAGAGCCACACAGUCAGCCACUCCUCCUUCCACCUUGUAUCUCCGGCUGCCGCCACGUCAUCACUAGGUGCCACGUCAGCACCACCCACGCCCGCGCCAGCAGCUGACGUGGAGACACAGCGGCUGCUCGAGCUGGCUGGGGCGUUGAGCGAGGGGUUGCUGAAGUCAGUUGAAGGCGGAGGUGGAGCUGGAAGCGGAGGUACCCCCACACCUUCCACCAGGCUUGGGGAGGAGCUCGGCACUCCCGCCCACAGCAGUACUGGCUACGCCAGCAGCAUCAUCGGCAGCGCGAUCAGCAGCUCCAGCUACGCCGACAGCUCCAACCGCUCCCCUGCAAUCACCAACUCAGGUGAUGAUUUUCCUGUUUCAGGAUCACUUGCCGCACCGAGGUUUGAGACCCACACCCACUGCCACAUGGUAAGUGCGCCUUUGCCUUCACCGCCCCCUGUCAUUUUCUCAUACUUCAGCGCCACUGCUGCUGCUGCUUCAGCUUUGUCAAGACACUCCCACGAGGUGAGUGAACGCGCUACUGCUGCUGCUGCUGCUUCAGCUUUGUCAAGACACUCCCACGAGGUGAGUGAACGCGCUACUGCUGCUGCUGCUGCUUCAGCUUUGUCAAGACACUCCCACGAGGUGAGUGAACGCGCUACUGCUGCUGCUGCUGCUUCAGCUUUGUCAAGACACUCCCACGAGGUGAGUGAACGCGCUACUGCUGCUGCUGCUGCUUCAGCUUUGUCAAGACACUCCCACGAGGCAUACACGGUGGAGAUGGAUCAUGGAGAAAGGGUGCUGUCCUUUUUUUCCAUGCCUCUCACCUCGUGUACGUCCCCUCCAUGCCCCCCUAUCCUCCCACCAGGCGUACACGGAGGAGAGGGAGGCGGGGGCGGGGAACAAUCAGCUGCACAUACAGCUGCUGCUGCUGUAGUAUCUCAUGACGGGCAUGAGGAGGAGGCCCACACCUGCAGCACUACCCCUUCCCCUCUGCAUUUACAUUCUCCCCUUCUGCAUUUACAUUCACUCCGUGGGGAGGGGAAUGGCGGGAUAGGGGACUGGCAUGGCGGGAGGGGAGUGACAGGGAAGGGGAGUGGCAGGCGGAGGGGAGUGGCAUGGGAAAGGGAGGGUAGGGGGUGGCGUGAGGAGGUGCGUGGCAUGGAGAGGGAAGUGGCAAGGGAUAGGAGUGGCAUGUGGAAGGGUGUAGCGGGGGGUGAGUGGGGUGAAUACUCUGAAGUGGGCGGCGAUAGGCAUACCAAACUUAUUGUUCUGCAUCAAGCCUACGCCAACGAGGCGGAGGCAUAUGAGGAGCGGGCCAGUCUUGCUGAAGUGGCAUUUGAGUAUGCCGGUGACAGGUUAUAUCAGUUUGAGGCAAGAGAAAAAGAUAUGCAACGGCGAGUCGAGGAGUUGCAAGAUGCAGCUGCGGAGAAGGGAGCGUUUGCUAAGCUGGCGGAGACGCAGGACUUGUUGGUAAAAGAGCUGCAGCGCACAGUGAAGGAGCGGGAGGCAACGAUCAAGGGGAUGCAACGCACGGCGGAGGAGAGGGAGAGGAUGGUCGAGGCGCUGCAGAGCGCGGCGGAGGAGAGGGAGAGUAAGGUUGAUGCCCGUGACCCCGCGACACAUGUUCAGCCCACUCUCACCUCUUUCCCCUUGCAGCAGGAGCAGGAGGCGGAGGAGAUUGGGGCAGUGGGGCAACAGGAGCAGCAGGCGGAGGUGGGGGCGAGGGCGGUGGGGGGGGGCCAGGGGAGCGUUUCGAUGGAGAUGGAUGAGACUGACGACCCCACGCAGGACGAGGCCCAGCCCGGCCCAUUCUCGACCAUCCGGCAGGGAGCAGGCGGGAGGUGGGGCUAUGGGAGGAGCAGAGGGCAGCAGGAUGGGGAUUGUAAUGACAUGGGAGCGGGAGCUGCGAGGGAGGUGGUGAGAGGUGUGCUCAGUGAGGGGGAAUAG